AUUACAUGGUCAGUACCUGCAUACUGAAUUCGCUUCGGUGUAUUCGGUUUGAUCACCGAGAUGCGACGAAGAAGCUGGUUCUACACCUGCAACUAUUUUUGAAAAAUUUCUUUCCCUUUUCGUCUCUCAUGUCAGCAGCGCAUCCAACAAACCAUCAGCACAUAAGCAUGUCCAUUCCGAUACGAGAAGUUGGCCUAAUUCAUGCGGACAAGUCGUUUUCAGUAUAAUUAACGAUGACCAGCUCUUGUCCCCAAAAUGUCACCAUCACCAACCAAGAUGACAUCGAGAACGGGCCCCUCGCUUCCUGCGGCGAUCAACUGCUGUUCAUCCAGAUCGAAAAGGCGUUUGGAGUAUUGGAUUUCACCAACCUCAUCAGCGCCGAGGACAUCAACGUUCAUGACAGCCCCCAGCUAGAGAUAUUGAGUUUCCCUAAACUCACAAUUUUAUCGUCCUUGGUUAUAGAUCAAGCGACCUCUCUUACCGAGUUGUCAAUGCCAAUGCUGUCAUCGACGCCGCCUGCAUUUGUCUCGGAGGACGGAAACAUAGUCUUUGGACCCCUCGAUCUGAAUAUUACCGGAGCUCCCGUUCUUACCGAUUUGAUAAUGAUGAAUGCGACAGAUUUCGGUUCAUUAAAACUUGUCAAUUUUGGGGAUGGCGUAGAUGAAUUUAAUCAGAUGUCCCUCGCGGAUGCUCAAUCCGCGUUCUCGUUUGAGAUAGCUAGCUGCCUAUCUUUACGUGACCUUAGAUCGGUGGUUGAUCUACACGUCAUAGGAGGAGCAGGUUGCUCUUAUCCCUUCUCUUUAUCCUCGGUCUACGACUUCACCGUGACGAAUUCUUAUGCUACACGAGUCUCCCUAGAAGCAGCGAUGCAAGUCAACAAUUCUCUACUAGUCGAAAACUCAGUGUACCCUGUCGAUCACGACUCAGAUUUCUUGCAAUCGUACGGAACAACAGUGGAACUAGGGCAGAUAACGUCGGUUGGGUCCGACGCGACCAUCACAUCCAACGCAAACGCACACAUCGACCUAAGCGGUCUGGCCAGCAUCGAUGCUGGCCUUUCUGUCCAUAACAACACAAAUUGCAGUUUCAACUUUGACCAGAUUUCCAGGAUUGGUAAGAGCCUGGAGAUGAUGGAUAAUAUCGAGACGACGCUGCCCCUAUUUUCGAACCUUGAGAGGGCUGAGAAUAUACACCUGCGAGGGAUCAUCAAUACAACGGCCGGACCGAAUAUUUUCCCAGCGUUGAUAUAUAUUCCAGGAACGGUCACCGUAGAAGCAUGGAAUGACGAUUUUAACUGCUCGAAACUGGUAUCACAGUGGCACGACCGCGUCAUAAAUAACUUGGUUUGCAAUGGGACAGACAACGGGAACACAGCUGGUUUAGCACCGAACGACGGGAUGGACACGUCCUCGAAUAAUGGUUUAUCUCAAGGUGCAUGGGCUGGGAUUGGCAUUGGAAUCGGCAUCACCGUGCUAGGGCUCGCGACUGCUAUAAUAUGGGUGAUGAUGCAUUUCAAGAGAAGAUUGAACGAGCUUGCCGCUGCUAGGGGUGGAGGGGAAGAGGUAUUGUUGCCAGUACAGUACGACACUUCGACGCGAGAACCUGCCAGGUCGAACACCGGCAUCAGUUUUUUUAGUGAGGUUGAGGGCUCGAGUCCCGUACAUAAAUAUGACAAGAUGGAGCCGCCGAUAUACGAGCUGUCUGUCAUGCCAGUUGAGCUUCCCGCUACGACAGUUUCACCCAAGAAAUAAUAUUAAUAAACUACCUUAUGGAAGCC